UGUUGGACAACCACCACGAAGGACGGACGCCGCCGCUGCUGUUCUUCUGCCACGCGCAUCAUCAUCUCUCCCUCCUCACUACCUCACAAUGGGCGCCGGCAGCUCUACCUCACAGCUCCGCCGCAAUGUCUCAGAUGAGAUUCGCAGCUGUGGCAAGAUCUUGGAAGACUUCGAGAAGCAUGACUUUGAUUGUGCUUCCUUGGGAGGAAUGAAAACUGUUUAUAAGAUGUUUCACUCAGCACUCAACGAGAUAGAAAAAAAAUGUACACUCAAGGAUGAAGGCCAAGAACUGGUUUCCUGUACAGAGAAGAAGAGUACAGAUGAGAGCACACUCAAGGAUGAAGGCCAAGAGCUGGUUUCCAGUGCAGAGAAGAAGAGUACAGCUGAGAGCACACUUAGGUAUGAAGGCCAAGAACUGGUUUCCUAUACAGAGAAGAGUACAGAUGAGAGCACACUCAUGGAUGAAGGCCAAGAACUGGUUGCCUGUACAGAGAAGAAUACAGACGAGAGCACACUCAAGGAUGAAGGCCAAGAACUGGUUUCCUGUACAGAGAAGAAGAGUACAGAUGAGAGCACACUCAGGUAUGAAGGCCAAGAACUGGUUGCCUGUACAGAGAAGAGUACAGAAGAGAUUGUAGAGACAACCACAGAUAAGAGUACAGUUAAGAGUGUGGCCACUGAGCAAAAAAAGAAGAUUGAGAAACAGAAGAAAGAGGAAAAGACAGAACCAACUCUGGACUCAGUAAUUGAUGAGCUGGAUAAGCUUUGGGAAGAAGAAAUAUCACCAAUGGAUGAUGCUGCAGCAGUUUUCUUGUUGAAGUUGCUGUGUGCUGUUCGCUUAACAUUAGAGAAGGCGUUGCACAAGAUUGCUAAGGUUGAAGAGUUUGACGAGAAUCAAGGAAGAAAUGACCAUGAAAGAAUGUUUUAGAAGAAAAUGGGACAAGCACCUACUAGCAAGAAUCAGGUUUAUGAAAGAUCAAUGUUUCUCACCUUAGUUUUAUGUCAGAAGAAAGUCUAAUGUUAUUAACCUUCAAAAGAUUGAUGAUUUAUUUGUUUCCAUGGAAAUAAUU